AAAGUUUCAUGCACAGGGGGAAAAAUUGUUAAAUAUGAACUAUGGGCUGUAGUUUCAUGUGUUAUCGCCAACCAGCACUACCGUUAUAAUUGAACAAAAAGUAAAUUUAUCUGUUUCUUAUCUGAAAUCAAAUAAUUAAGGAGUCAUGUAAUACUGCCGGCCGAAGUAUGUACGAUGUGGAAUAAUAAAUAAUUAGUCACCUUUGUGCAUUCCUACGUGACCGCGUUUGGUAUCAAAUGCAAAAAGGCUUCGAGGACGUUUUGGCGACAUUGACCGUAAAAAUCGACCUACCGACAAGGAGAGUAAUGCUAUGAAAGGACUUAACGUCCACCCUGAUGGCGAGCACUUAAUCUACCCGUUUGGUGUCAAAGUAGCAAUCCACAGUCUGGCGACAAAAACGAACCGGUACCUCGAAGGUCCCAACAAUGUCAUCACGUCGAUCGCGGUGUCCAAGAGUGGAAAGUUCGUCGCAGCCGGUCAAGUCAAUCACAUGGGAUUCAGGGCGCCUGUCUUCGUCUGGAACUUCGACUCCGGUACGAUCAAGAUGUCGCACGAAUCGCAUAAAGUUAGAGUCGAGAACGUUGCUUUUUCCGUCUGCGAGCGUUAUAUCAUCUCACUAGGAGGAAAAGACGAUGCUAACGUUGUCGUGUUUGACAUAGAGACCCUGGACGCCGUUUGUGGCGUGUUCUCUUCGAACCAAAACGCAGGAGACGCGUUGACGAUAGGCGUAUCAAACACCCGCAACUUGUGUUUUAUGACUGGAGGAGUUUACACGCUCAAACUGUGGACACUAUGCCCUGGGAAAAGGACUGUAUCAGGUCUUCCUGUUCAGAUGGGCAAAAUUAGACGAAAAGUCACUACAAUCAAGUUGACUCCUGAUGAUGAAUUUGCCUAUUGCGGAACGAGCACGGGCGAUAUAAUGAAAAUAAAAACCAACUUUUCAAAAACAGAUCCAGAAAAUUUUUACCCAGUGGCUCCACCGGUACUCUUAGGCUGUUAUGCAAAACACCCUAAAGUAAAAAGAAAACUGCUAGACAUAGAUCUGUGGGUCCUGGGUGUUAGGACACUAUUGAUCCUUGAUGCUAACAGACUGGUUGUCGGUUCCGGUGAUGGGAAAGUGGAACUAGUAAAAACAAAAGAAGAAAAAAUUGAUAGACACCUUAUAAAAGGAGGAGGUCUGUCCACGCCAACGUUUCCCUUGUUCGCCGUGGAGAAAAGCUGCUUCGCCGGAACUUUUGUGACUUCGUUAGAAAUGCUUAAAAAGGACGAAACCAUAAUCGUAGGAAACAUGAAAUGCGAAAUACUCAUCAUCGACCUGAAGACAUUUAAAUGCCGGUUGUACCUCACCUGCCACAUCGAAGCUGUCUACGACAUCGCGUUCCCAAACGUAUACGCCGAUGUCUUCGCAACAGCUUCGAAGAACGACGUUCGACUGUGGAGCGUUCAGGAUGGAAAGGAAUUGCUCAGGAUCAGCGUACCGAAUUUUACAUGUUCUUCGUUACUAUUCACUCACGACGGAAGAAGCAUAGUCACCGGGUGGAAUGAUGGAACUGUAAGAGCUUUUACACCUCAAAGCGGAAAACCAAUCUACAUUAUAAGGGACGCUCAUAGCAAGGGAGUUUCGGCAAUAGCUAUGACCAAAGACGGGAAAAAACUUGUUACUGGUGGUGUUGAAGGACAGGUACGCAUAUGGUGUGUACGGAAGGAUGUACAAAAACUCCUCGCAGUGCUGAAAGAGCACAAAGGGCCAGUCUCAUCAGUGGCUGUUGCUCCGAAUGACAAGGAAGCAGCUUCUUCUUCAACAGACGGUUCCUGCAUUAUAUGGGAUAUUGUAAAAAAUGUGAGGCUUGCUAUAAUGUUCUCAACGACGCUUUUCCUUUGUAUAAAGUAUCAUCCAAGUGGCUGCCAGUUAAUUACCUCAGGAACAAACAGACUCAUUGGCUACUGGGAGACUUUUGAUGGUUCUCUGAUCAGGGAAGUUGAAGGGUCAAGAUCCGCAGCGCUUAACACGCUUGCUAUAUCUAAAGACGGAAGGUACAUGGUGUCAGGAGGCAAUGACUAUUUCGUCAAGGUCUGGCUGUAUAGAGAAGGAAUUCCGACACAUGUAGGUUUGGGACAUGGAGCUGUCAUAACAGCUGUAGCUAUUUCUCCAGAUCAAAAAACAGUAGUUUCUGCAAGUGCAGAUGGUGCAUUAUUCAUUUGGAGAGCUCCUAUGGAUCCUCCGAAUCUGGCUGGUCUCGCCGAUGAGGCAAAUUUGAACCAAAGCACUAAUGAAGAGGCAAACAUAACUAAUGAAGAAAAUGAUGAUAAAGUAUCAACCAUUUCUAAAUCUGAUGAAAGCGAAAAGCUCUUGAGAAAGAGCAGUGGUACAUCACAACAGAGCUUCAGGGACCAAGAACCAACAGAAGAAGAGAAAAAACGUUCACAAUCGGAUCUUGACAAAGCUAUCAAGGAAAGAGAAGUUAAAGCCAAAAAGGGAAAAAUUGUCCAAAAUGGAAACAUUCUUGGAGGGGUUAAAUGCUACUGCAAAAAACAAUGCACCUGCGAUAAUCAAAAUAUGCCGAGAUCGCCCAAGUCUGAAUUCGAGGAAGCCAGGGAUGAGUCUAUUAGAAACCUAGCAUAAAAUCAUGUAAACAAAUGUGGAAAGCAUUACCAAUGAGAGAGUGGCAUCUUUCUAUACUGAUUGUGAAUACACACAUUAAAACUUCCUAACACAUUUUAUAAUUUCCAAACAAUAACAUUAAAAUUAACAGUUGCUAUGAA